AGUAUUAGCUAUUGCCGAUGUGUGAACGUACUUCCGGUUAAUUUCCAGCUAAGUUUUAUUUGUUUACAGUUGAAAUAAUGCUGUUUCUGGUGUUAACCGGACUUGUCGCAAGUGCUUAUGCGUUUGAACAAGAUCUCACUGUCAAGGUUGGGGCAGGAAAAAUGGAAUGCUUCUUUCAACCUGUCAAAAAACCUUUGGGUGUUGAAGUAGAAUAUCAGGUGAUAGAUGGGGGUGAUCUGGACAUCAACUUUUUUGUGCAAUCUCCAGAUGGGAGGGUGCUUAUUUCUGAACAUAGAAAAACAGACAACUUUCAUAGAGUAGAAAUUCCUCAAGCAGGUGAUAUGAAAGUGUGCUUAGAUAAUACGUUCAGCCAUUUUGCUAACAAAAUUGUAUUUUUUGAGCUCAUCUCUGAUGAUGAAGUUAAUUUAGGCGAUGAGGAUGAGAAGGAACCAGACUGGGACAGUGCAAAAGAAGAAAUACGUGAACUCAUGGAUAUGACAAUUGAAGACUUAAAGGAUAUGCUUGACAAGAUGGGACAGAAUUUAGACAAGUCUCGCAAUCUUCAAACAGUUUUGAAAAUGUACGAAGCUAGAGACAGAAACAUUGUAGAGUCAAAUUUUGACCGAGUCAACUUCUUUUCCUGCGUCCAACUCGCAAUAAUGCUGAGUGUAGGACUCGUCCAAGUAUUUUUAAUUCGAAGCCUAUUUGAAGAUAAAAGCCGAGUCAGUGGACUAAUGAAGUCAAAGACGUAAUAAGGCGAAUAUAAGAAUUAGGUUCAUAAAUGAUGUUGUUUCCACAACUUAAACUUGUUUUGGUGAGAGAGUUUAUUAGGAUAUUUCCAGAUAUGAUAGUGAUAUAUUUGUUUUGAUGUUUAUUCUUUAAAGAGAAAUUGUUACGGGAGACUUUUAUGCCAUGUUGCAUAGAGUAAAAUUGUACUCUGUUGAGUAUAGCAUGUUUUACAUGCAAUUGAAGGUUUGAAAAUAUAUGAAAUAUUCACAAAAGAUUUUAUGGGAAAUAAUUUUUAUGUUGAACUCAUUAUUACGGAAAAUGUUCUGCAUUUUGAAUCAAGGGAAAUUUAGAUCAUACUGUUCAACUGGAUAAAUUUUCUUUAGUAUAUUUUUGGAAAUUAUCUUAAAAAUGAAUCUUAUUUGCAUUUUGAUGUUAAUUCUUAUUUCUGUAGACAUAAACCAUUUGUACUAUGUACAUUAAGUACAUGAAGAAAUAGCAAGUUGAUUUUCUAUCAUUUUAAUAAUUUACCGGUAUGAAAAUUUGCAAAAUUAUUUAAAUUACAGUUUCACCCUGUUCUGCAGUAUUAGUUGAGUUAGUAAAUAUUAUAUUUGAAAGUGCAAUUUUGAAGAAAAUUAGUUAUUUACAAGAUGUGUAUUAUCAUGCUAUACAGUGAUACACUGUUUGCUGGAGCAUCAUUGAAUGAGGCCUCUGGACUUGCUCGCUCUGUUUAUGUGGUCUGUAGUCAUUUUCCUUAUAUUCCAUAUAUUUUGGAUCACUAGAGACACUGGAUAGCUUUGAAUAUUUUGCUGAUCCCCAUGUGGCCAGUUUUUUAUUGUUUUAUAUGGAACUGAACAAAAGAACUGAACAAGAUCAGGCAGAACUCCUUCUCACAGGCUAUAGUGAAGAAUAAGAUUCAUAAAGAUGCAUUUAAAGACAUUACAACAUCUCUUUCAAUGUUUACAAAUGCCCGGGAAUAUUACAAAAAAAAGUUAAAGUUCAUGUUGUCAUGAGAUUCAUUAUUCAUUCCAAGUAUUAUUGCCUUGUACAUCCUGGGCCCAUGUUUAUCAAGAUUAUGAGUUUUAAAUUUAUACAGUCCCAAAAAUGCCAAGAACAAAAUUGUGGCACUAAAACGUAUCGAGGUGAAAGAACUUUUAAAAUCGAUGCCCCAGAAGUAAGAAUUUAAGUGUUACUCACGACAUACUGUGUCCUAUACAUUUUCGGAAACUGCAUUCAAAAGGCCAUAACCUAAAUUUAAAAUCAUGCAUGUGUGGCACUGUUUAUUUAACCUAAAAUCACAUUUCAUUAGUAAUAAAAAGGUCAUAUCUGCUACUUACAUCCCAUUUUUGGUCCAGUUGGGAAAUAUCUACUUACAACAAAGAUUAUACCUGCUACUUACAAAAUAUUGUAUUAUGUGACUUUUGGUACAUAAAUUACAUAGUAAAAAUGGUUGUAAGUGGCAGAUACAACCUUUCUAAUAAGGCUAAAAAAGCAUAAGUAUGUCCAAUUGCCGAAAUAUUAUAGGCAUUACUGGCACUGUCAGUAUUUAAAAGCAUUAGCUUAGAGGUUGCCAAAUGGCCAGGAACAGUUUUAGUGAGAAAUCAGUAACACAAAAGAGUUUUUUCACUUUUUCAGAAGUAGCGUUUUUCACUUGUACCUUUACAUUCUGGGAUGUAAUAUUUUUUAUAGCCGUAGGAGUUCUGAUGGAGUGUGAUUAGAAUAUGUGUUUAUCUUAAACAAGAAAUAAAAAUAAAUUACAGCUGUUCAAAGUCAAACCUUGAAUGUUGAUAGAUAUGGAUUCUGUUGUAUAUUUCUUAUGGCUUGAACAAAUUUCCAAUUAAAAUGCUCAUAUUUAUUCUGCUGAAACUCAUGUACACAUGUAUAUUUAUGCUCUAUGUCUGUAAGUUUGUCACUUUGUUUAGAUACCAGUUAUAUUCAUUUGAUAAUUGUGAUGCAUCGAAAAUGUUUGAUCAGAUAGGUAAGGUGUUAAUUCUACCUCCUUUUACAAGCCUAGAUAUAAGUUAUUUAGGAAAACCUAGCUCGAGUGUCUUUUAGGCUUCUAUUCUCUUUUUCAGUUUGAAGCAUUUUAUAAAACCAUGCUGGUGUAAGGAAAAUAAAAUACACAUUUAUGUAAAGCACUAGUGCUUGAAAUCCAUUUUCAGUUUGAUUUUGCACUAAAGUUUAACUCUCACCAUGCUAAAUUUCUAUUAUUAACUUAUCCAUCUUUCUAUUUGGACAGUUCCAUUAACUGUUAAAAGGGGUGCAUACCAAAAAGUUACUGACUGAAUGGUGAACAGUGCAGAUUAUGAUCAGAUCUGCACUGGCCGCAAGGGCAGAAUUAAUCAUGUUAAGCAUGAUAUGGGUAAAUGGCGUUAUCAGUUUAUUUAGAGAAACUUACUUAUAUGGACAACUGUUUCUAAAAAAUGAACAUAAAACUGUUGUUUCAAUACAUAUUAAAAUAAUCAGAGUAACAUCUUUACACGAAAACAUGUAAAAAUUUUCUCUUCAAGAUACUGUUGUUUUCAUGACAGGAGCUUUUUCAUCUAAACCAGUUAUUUCAGGAGAACAGAUAUUGGAAAGGCAGUCAGUACCUUUGCAGAAUCUUUCCAUAUGCUUUUGAAAAUAAAACUUACAUACAAUGUUCAUAUUAAAGUGAGCCACAUUCAUGUUGAAAAAUGUUCCACUAAUUAAGUGCUGUAGAAUUAUAUAUAAUACAUGGACGGAGGUUAAAAAUACGCAACAUGAUGUUAGAUAUUUUAGUUUACAUUGCAGAUAUGUAUGUAUUAUGAUUACUUAUUUCUGGCCUUGGAACAAAUUUUAAGGAAAUGUAUGCAUUUUUGUACGAGUAUCUGUUAAUCAUACUAAAUAAGCAUCAGCAUAAUUUUUUCUGGCAUGAAGUGUUUACAGAAAAUCAACCAUAAUUAUGUGUAAGUCUUGUAUGUGGAUCUUUUACAGAAGUCAGCAAUCUCUCUAGCUCAACUUUAUUUUAAGUUUUUGCUGUACACAGACUUAUUGGUAGGAAGUAGAACAUAAUACAAUCUUAUAUUGUUUAAUUUAUAUGUUAACAUGUGCUACCUUAUAGAUAUUUGAUGAUGAAAUCCGCAAGUUUUUAUUUACGUUUUAUGUUGUGAUGUUUCAUAGGAGUUACUAUAUUUACAAAGUAAAUCUCUUUAAGAGUGCAAUGGAAGUCUAUAUCUUCAUGUUAAAUACAAUUAACACUAAAACAUUGGUUGAAACUGCUAUCAUAUAUUAUACCUGUAUACCAUUUGAGCCGCGCCAUGAGAAAACCAACAUAGUGGCUUCGCGACCAACAUGGAUCCAGACCAGCCUGCGCAUCCGCACAGUCUGUUCAAGAUCCAUGCUGUUCGCUUUCAAAGCCCAUUGCAAUAAGAGAAACCGUUAGCGAACAGCUUGGAUCCUGACUAUCCAUGCAGGCUGGUCUGGAUCCAUGCUGGUCGCAAAGCCAUUAUGUUGGUUUUCUCAUGGCGUGGCUUAUUUUGCAUUUAUGUUGAACUCAAUCAUGAUUAUAAACAACAGAUAAUUUGUUCCAGUACACACUUACAAAAAACACCAAAUACAAAACCAUGAUACUGUGAAAUCAUUUAAUUUUGUGGACGUAAAAUUUUAUAGUUUUGGCUAAAAUGGUUAUUUCAUGAGGAUUAUGAAUUUGAAUGGAAAUGUAACUUGUUUGUUGGGACUGAAUGACUCAACCACUGCAAUAAGUCCCCCAUGAAAACUGAUGAUUUCACAUUAUGCAUUGUGAGAAUUGUCAGUUACCUAAAUUAUGGUUACCAUAGUUAUGAACAUUUCAGUACAUAAAACAAAUAGAGGUAUUGAGAUAAAAGAUUCUAGGAGCACAAAGAUCCUGAUUUAUUGAGCAAAACCACUAAAGGUAACAAAAUCACAUAGGUUUUGGGCAUAUUUUGUUAUAUGUAUGUAUAUUUUUCAUUCUGUCAUAUUUCUGUGUUCAUUAAACCACCAAACAAUCAUGUACAAAUUAUUAUAUUUUUGUGCAUUUAAUUUUCUGCUUAAGAUUGCUAGGGAACAUGAUUUAUUUUUGAGCAUGUGAUUUGUUGUUGUAACAGUGCUGUAUCUAAUUGUGGAAUAAAGUGAAUUAAUGCUUGAAUUCUGUGAAUAUGAGACAUCUUUCCUCCAUGAAAUUUUUAAUAAUGUAGAACUUAUUGGGACAAUAAAGAAUUCAUUAAAAUAAUUCAUGUUGCAUUUAGGCAUCUUCACACCUUUUGUGAACAAUUAGUGUAGAAAUUUUGUACUAAAGGAAUUAAUUUUUUAAGUUUUUCCAUUUACUGUAAGAAAUUGGAUAUAGGCUAGAACAGGUAAUCUUCUGUGUUAAAGUACAUUUAUCAAACACUGUUUACUUCUAAUGUGGGAAAAGAAUUACAAAUUCUUCUUAAAUUGAAACUAAAUCUCAUCGAGUUUAUUACACAUUUGAUAUAUUUGCUUAUUUUGUUAGAUAUUCGAAUGUUAAUGUAUUGGUGUUGACUUUAUUUGUAGGUGAUCAUAAUCUAUGCAAUAAAAAAUAUGUCCCCAUUUUCUGAAGAG